CGCGGGGGCGGGGGCGGUGGCGGUGGCUUGAGGCCGGGGCAGCGCAGUCUGCUGCUGCCGCCGCCGCCAGUCCUCGCGAACCAAGCCCGGACACCAUGCUGCAAGAAGAGUGACCCCUUCCUCUGUUUCCACAAUGGAGGACUCGGGAAAGACUUUCAGCUCUGAGGAGGAAGAAGCAAGCUACUGGAAAGAUCUGGCCAUGACCUACAAGCAGAGGGCCGAAAAUACCCAAGAGGAGCUGCGAGAGUUCCAGGAGGGAAGCCGCGAGUAUGAAGCCGAACUGGAGACGCAGCUGCAACAGAUUGAAACCAGGAACAGGGACCUCCUGUCGGAAAAUAAUCGCCUUCGCCUGGAGCUAGAAACCAUCAAGGACAAGUUUGAAACGCAGCACUCUGAAGGCCACCGGCAGAUCUCAGCCUUAGAGGAUGACCUCGCCCAGACCAAAGCAAUCAAGGAUCAACUUCAGAAAUACAUCAGAGAGCUGGAGCAAGCCAACGAUGACUUGGAAAGAGCAAAACGGGCCACGAUCAUGUCUCUGGAAGACUUUGAGCAGCGUUUGAAUCAAGCCAUUGAGAGAAAUGCCUUCCUGGAGAGUGAACUUGAUGAGAAGGAGAAUCUUCUCGAAUCUGUUCAGCGCCUGAAAGAUGAAGCCAGAGAUUUGCGGCAGGAAUUGGCUGUGCAGCAGAAGCAGGAGAAACCCAGGACGCCCAUGCCCAACUCAGUGGAGGCCAACAAGACAGACACAGCUGUGCAGGCCACAGGCUCCGUGCCGUCCACCCCCAUAGCUCAUCGGGGACCCAGCGCCAGCUUAAACACACCGGGGACGUUCAGACGUGGUCUGGAUGACUCCACGGGUGGGACCCCCCUCACGCCCGCAGCCCGGAUAUCGGCCCUCAACAUUGUGGGAGACCUGCUGCGGAAAGUAGGGGCGCUGGAGUCCAAACUUGCAUCCUGCCGGAACUUCGUGUACGAUCAGUCCCCAAACCGAACAAGCGGCCCCGCCUCGGGGCGGGGGAGCAAGCACAGAGAUGGCGGUGGCGACAGACAGCCAAGCAGCAGCGGCGUGCCUCUAGGUGACAAAGGGACAGCUUCUGGAUGGGUUGAUUUCCUAAGCUGCGUGGCCAUGUUCCUGGACCCCGAGCCAAGUAAGUUGGGUUGGGAAAACGCCUGGAAUUUGGGAAGCCGCCUUCAAAUAUUUCCUCACCGUCGGUGCCGUCAGCCCAGGGUGUAGUCAAGAUGUUGCUUUAGGAAAUCCACGGAAGCUGAAGCCCCUGGUGUGUCUGUGUGGAGUCGUUGCUUUUCUUUCCCUCCUUAAACUAGGUUUUUGCUUUGUUUAAGUUAGUUUAAGAACUACGUGCAAACAGUCACACUAGCCACUGAGGCCAUCGCCCAUGGCCCCUGGUAGCUGUCCCCGUGAAAUGUUGUCUCCUCCUCACCAGCCUCCUUGCCAGUGCGUUGCAAAUCGACAGGGACAAACCGGACCCUCUGGACAGGGCUCCGCGGUGUGGAUGCUGAGGCCACCCCAUCAUUUUCAACUGACCUGAGUGUUGAACGAUUUGGGGAUGUUUUUUUAAUGACUGGAGAUGCCUUAAAAAUGGGAUGUGAGCCCAUCUCAGGCCCAGGCUAUCUUCCAUAAGAAAAUCUCCGUGCUCUGUGGCAUCAGUAGGGUCUGUGUACUGAAAUUGUGUCUAAGAGAAAAGAGUAGGAUAGGCACGUGCCUUUUUUUAAAAAACACACUAUGGUGUAGUUUACCUCUGGGACUCACUCUGCCUCUCACUGAGGCGAUGGGAGCUGUGCUUGUGUUUCAGAGGCGAUCUUGUGUGGACAAGGGCAAUGGAAACAUCUGUAUCUUCUUUAGAUUGUUCCCGAUAGUUGGGUUUCCUGGAACUUGUGCCCUGGCCCUGGGGGUGACCUCCCCUGACGGUCAUUGGGGUGGCGUGGCCUUAUGAGUACAGCCCCUAAGAACAGAACUUCAUUCAAAGCCAUGAUAAAAAAAACCAUGGUGGCCUCCACAUAGGAUUGAACCACAGGAUUGUUGUUGGAAGCUUCCUUGUGAAAGAAGACAAACACGGGAUUUUCACGUGGACGGAGUAUGUGCUCAGCCCUGCCCGUCGUGAACGGCUGGCUCACACUUUUGGAGGCAAGUUAAAAAGAACACGUGAAUUUGGGAGCAUGCGCGCAGCUUAACCACCCUUUGUUACUAAGUUAUUUUUCCAAGAGAAUAGCAGAAAUACCCUUGAGUUGAAAAUAGAACUUUUCAAGUGCUUUUGAAAUUCAACAGAGAAUGAAUCUCUGGUGCCCAGUUCAUUACCAUGGGAACAUUCUAACCUGUAUCGGGAAAAGACGGACUUCUAUUUUUUUAAAAGAACAAUAAAAUCAAGAGAAACUCA